CCGGGCCCACCGCCGCCUCCGCCGCCGACUCCGUAGCGGCGUCUAGUGGCCGCUGCCCGGCCGCCGGCGACCUGUAAGCGCUGUAUGUACACGUCUCUGCUGUUGCUGCUCGCCGGAUCGGGCAGCGACACCGCGCUUGACGCGAAUACCACGGAGCACAUUGGCCCAUCAAGUCGCGUGCUUCCCCGCUGCAACGUGCACGUCUUUGAACCCGUCCACAAGACGUCAACCAAGUCUCGGCAGGGAGGGUCGACCGAGUCACAGUACGACGUGUUCAGCAGAAUUGCUCCGCGCGUCAACUCGACGCCGCGAUCCAGCGCCGACUGGAUCCUCUUCGGAUCGGAUCUCACCUUUCGAGACGCUCAUCGGCACCCAGCCAUACGAGAGCUGAUCGAGCUUGCGGCAAAUUCCACCGUGCCGAUUGUCGCCUCCUCCUUCUUCAUACACACUCGAGUGCCGCAUCUCCGCCGCCGCUCGGUGUACAUCUUCUCCGAAAUGGAGACGCGGAGUGAGCAGAUUUUGGUGCCGUUUGCGCUCACAGUCGGGAGCAAGCUGGAUGGCCUCGCGCCCCCCACCGCCUGGGAAAACAGGCGCACCGCCCUCUUCGUCGGCCACGUCCCCCAGCUAUGGAUAUCAACCACGCGCUGGCGCAUCUGGAGACAGCUCUACAACCGCUCCGAUGCGACGGUCGCCUCGCCCGACGUCUGGACGCUCGGCAUCGGGCUCGAGUGCGCGCGCAACGGGACGUGGCAAGAGCACUGCACGGGGCUCCACGGCCCCGUGAACAUGAGUUGCGACUUGAAGCCCCGGUCCGCCACCAGAUGCCGGGCAGUGUUGAGAGAGCCGGGCUUCCUGCGCGACUUUGUGGCCGCCGGAGGGGCCGUCGUCCCGUCGAAGCUUGGCCGGGACGCGUACCUCCGCGCGGGCUUGGAUCACAAGUUCUGCAUCGUGGCCGCCGGCGACUACCCUAACACGGGCAAGUACAUCGAGGCGAUCAUCUUUGCGUCGCGCGGCGGCUGCGUGCCGGUCUUCAUCGGUGUGUCGCCGCGCAGCCUCGCGUUUGGCAGCGUUAUCGACUACAGGCGGGUCGCCCUGUGGAGCGGCGUAUCGAGCUUGGGCUCGAACCUCGACUUGUGGAGGAGAUGGAGCGCGGAGCAGGUGCGGCCCAUGAUUGAGUACGCUCGAACGGUGGGCAAGCUCCUCGACUACGACGCUGAAGGCGCAGAGCAAGCGUUGCGGGAGGUGUGCAGGCGAGUCCGAAUAGGGCGUGGCCCCGAACCUGCCAUGGGAGGGAGGGUGUACGGGUGAGUGAAGGGGGAGGGAGGAAGCAUGCGAACCGUGCGCGAUGGCGUGUUUGGGGCAAUCGGGCGCCGGCGCUGCACGGGGCAGUGUGUGCUGGGGUGGACGAGAGUGGCGCCAGAGUGUGGCGCGGGCAGUGCAUUGGGAGUCCCGCAGCACUCGGGGCACGGGGGCUGGGGAUCCGACGCGAGCAAUGGCGGGCUCACCGCUCGGGGCUGCCUUGGCGGAGGCAGCGCGCUGCUUCUUGGCGUUGGGGACCGGGGCUGUACCGCUGCACCGAGGGGCCCGAGACGCGAGAGCGCUCGGGCUGCGCCCUGAGAGGCCCGCCCAUUUUGCUUUUGGCGAAAGGGUGAAUUUCAAUUAUCCUUUACCGUUUUUGUGUUCGCCGUUUUUGCUUUUUACGUAGAUGCAAGUGCCAAAAA